AUGGUUAAAGAACGAGAUCCUCCCAAGAUUCCCUCCAUAUUGGGAGGGGAGGGGAAGAAAUCCCAACCUCCAAAACCUGUGGAAUUUGGGAAGCCGUCACCCCUUGGCCCUAUGAAUAUGAACCAGCGCCACCCAUUUAUGAUUCCUAAAGUAAAUCGGCCUCGACCAGAACAUCAUCGUGCUGCUCCCAGUUCGACUCUCAACGACAAUGCAUCGAAAGAGAAUGAUAAGCGAGCCUUCAAUCCAUUUCAAGCUACCAAGCCGUCUUCUUCAUUUAAAUAUAACUCGUCCAUAACACCGGGCGAUGAUGAUAGUGUGGUCGAAAUCAUGAAACCAAUGAACGCUGAUCGGACGACGUGGCGGGCACCGGAACCGGUAUUCACUUCAAAACCUUCAGCCCCCAAGAUGGGCAAGGCAGCUAGCACAUUGAAGAACUUUAUGGACCUUACUACACCUGAUGUCGGAUUUGGGAGUUCUAACAGCAGUUUCCGAGAUGAAAUAGUUGGCUCCGCAGACGCUUACUCAUAUAUAGACAGUGAGAAGGCCAAUGAAAACAUCAAGGCACUACUAGAGGGUGCUUUUGAGGAUGAAGAUGAUAAGCCUCGAACAAGGUCGCGGAAGAAAAAGAUUGAAAAACAGGUGGAUGAGCUGGCUGACAAGCUGAUGGGAGUCAAAGUAGAUGAAAAUACCAAGGGGCAGAAACCGGAAGCAGAAGAGGAGGACGACGAGGAGGAAGCAGACGAUGGAACUGUUGAAGGGCUAAAAGUCAAACUGCUCCCUCAUCAGAUUGACGGAGUAGCAUGGAUGAGGGACAAGGAGAGUGGGCUGAAAAAGACUAGAGGCGUACUUCCCAAAGGUGGUAUCCUUGCUGACGAUAUGGGUCUCGGAAAAACUGUCCAAGCUAUUGCUCUGUUACUCACCAACCCCCGACCUCCCACAACACCAGCGCAUGAUGAGGAACAAGCUGAGAAAGCAAAGGGAAAGAAGGACAAAUCGGCGACCCCUGUGAGUGUCUCGAAGAGCACACUUGUUGUGGCUCCUCUUGCCCUAAUUAAGCAGUGGGAAAGCGAGAUCGAGACCAAGGUCGAGAGAUCUCACCGCUUAAGUGUAUGUGUAUACCACGGUGCGGGGCGCACAAAACACCGGGACGACCUAGACUCCUUUGAUGUUGUAAUUACCACAUAUGGUACACUUACCUCUGAACACGGGAAAAACAGUGGCUGUUUCGGAGUCCACUGGUAUCGAAUUGUGCUUGAUGAAGCGCAUACCAUUAAAAAUCGAAACGCUAAAGCUACCCAAGCCGUAUAUGCGCUGAAGUCGCUGUACAGAUGGUGCCUUACUGGAACUCCUCUACAGAAUAACCUUGAUGAGUUACAGAGUCUGAUUAGAUUUCUACAAAUCAAGCCGUACGAUGAACUCGCUGCCUGGAGAGAACAGAUCACUCGCCCUAUGAGCAAUGGUCGUGGUGGGCUAGCUCUACGUCGACUGCAGGUUUAUCUCAAGGCAUUCAUGAAGAGACGAACAAAAGAUGUCUUGAAACUGGAUUCAAAGCUGGAUACUGAAGAUCCUGACGAAACAGUGAGCAGUAAUGAAAAGAAUGAAUCAUCCAGCAAGUUUAAAAUUAUGAAGCGAGACAUUAUCAAAAUUGAGGCUGAAUUUAGUCCACAGGAAUGGGCAUUCUAUCAGCGCCUCGAGCAACGCGCCGACAGAAGUUUGGAACGUAUGAUCGGCGGUCAUAAUAUAAGCUAUGCUGGUGCAUUGGUUUUACUUCUUCGUCUUCGCCAGGCAUGUAACCACCCUGACUUGGUCAAGGGAGAGCUUGCUAAAGAGCAAGAUGCUCUUAUGGGUGAUGAUAGUCAGGCCAAGAACAGGGAGAAUGAUAUGGACAAUAUUGCUGAUAUGCUCGGGGGGCUCAGCAUGGCUACCAAAAGAUGCGAUGUGUGCCAGAUUGAGUUGACCAAGGAAGAGGCCGUUGGUGGCACAGCCCGUUGUGCUGAGUGUGAAGAAGAUCUGAAAACUCAGGUCAUUCCAGCCGUUGAGGCGAAAGAGAAAUCAAAGCAAAAGAAAAAGAAAAAGACGGGAUCGAAGCCUGUUUGUCUUCAGGAAGAGGCCAAGGUGGCGAGAGAGUCCCAGCGAGCAAGGAGCCGCCGGGCUAGACCUGUCAUUAUUGACAGCGACGAUGAAGACGAAGACGAGGAUGGAGAAUGGAUCGUCCCUGAAUCAGAGCGUGGCUCAGAAAACCUUACCGCUCCUGUCGGCCCGGACGGCGAAGAUGCGGAUGGUGGAGGUGAUUGGAUUGGUUCCGAGGACUCAGAAACUGACGAGUAUGAGGAAGACGCUACUGAAAUUGUAACGGAUGAAGAGGGAGGUGAAGAUGAGGCAGAUCUAUCCGAAUCCAUGCCCAGUGCAAUCCAUGAUGUUCAAACAUCAGCCAAAAUAAGACAUCUAAUGAGGAUUCUCAAACGGGAGUCCGGGGAAUUCAAAUUUAUUGUCUUCUCAGUCUUCACCUCCAUGCUUGACAAGAUCGAACCAUUCCUCAAAAACGGGGGCAUCGGAUACGCCAGAUAUGAUGGUGGUAUGAGGAACGACCUCCGAGAAGCGAGCCUGAACCGACUUCGGAACUCCAGUGGUACUCGGGUUCUGUUAUGUAGUUUACGGGCGGGAUCAUUGGGGCUGAACCUAACGGCCGCAAGCAGGGUUGUGAUCCUCGAGCCUUUUUGGAACCCAUUUGUGGAGGAGCAGGCUAUUGACCGUGUCCACCGUCUGAACCAAACGGUUGACGUCAAAGUUUACAAACUAACGAUUAAGGGAACAGUUGAAGAACGUAUAUUGGAAUUACAAGAGCGCAAGCGCGAACUGGCCAAGUCCACCAUUGAGGGUAAAUCCGCUGCCGGCAAGCUGACGAUGAAAGAUAUGCUGGCCCUCUUUGGCCGAGAUGCGGAGUCACGAUCAUGGGACGAUGGUAAGUUAAGCUUUACGACGAAAAGCAACAAGCUUCUAGAUACGAAUGAGGUGUUAGGAUCCCAGGCUGGUGGUGGAGGAGGCAGCGGGAAGCGAGCAACCCCGCCAGUCAUGGAACGCAAGUCAAGUGCUGGUUCGAAGAGAGAGGAUCCAAUAUAUGGACGCCGAUGGUAG